AGAACUCUACAAAUCCAAUUGCGGAAGCACUCAAAACGUACAAAUCGAUUACUGAAGAAUUUGCAGUAUAUAUCGCUCAACUUAUAUACCGAUUCUACAGAACUAAUACAACUCGAAACUAAACAGCUACAAACAUGAGCUUCGUCGUCGGAAUCAAGGACUCAAUGGUGGCUGCGGCCGAAUCUCUCGGAGAUGCUAUUUCUAGCGCUGGUCAGAAGACUGGAGAGCUCACUUCCGAUGCUGCUGGAAGCGUUGUAGAUGCCCUUAGCAGCACUAAGGACGCUACUGCCAGUGCCGCUCAGAGCGUUGGAGAAUUUAUGUUCGGAUCGAAGAAGGAUGGUGAAGAAAUGGCCGAUAAAGUCGAGGACAAAUUCGAAAGCGCUAAGGACACCGCUGCGGACAAAAUGCACAGUGGCGCAGAGAAAGCAAAGAAUGCUGGAGAACACAUGAAAGACAAGGCUUACAACGCAGGACAGUCGAUGGGAGAUUCAGCACACAAUGCAGGACAAUACAUGAAGGAUUCUGCGAACAGAGCAGGAGAUCAAAUUCAUGAUUCUGCACAUAAUGCUGGACAAUACAUGAAGGAUUCCGCUCACAAUGCUGGACAAUACGCAAAAGAUUCUGCCCACAGUGCUGGACAGUACAUGAAGGAUGGAGCCAAUAAGCUCGACAAAGAAAGCGAAUCUACAAUGCAAAACCUAAGAAACCAAGCCGCUGGAAAGAAGGACGAGCUCCAAGGAAAGAUGCACCAGUGGGGAUCGGAUGCUGAGAGAAGAGCCAUGGACGCCGAGAAUGCCGUCACUCACGCCACCCACCAUACCGAAGUGAAAAUCAUUGAGGGAAAGCAGCAGCAAGGAACUGAGGUUCCAAGAAAGCCAUUCGUCCAGAAGCAGUCAUACCAGUUAACCGCUGAAGACAAGAAGGCAGCUGAAAAUGCUCGAGCUAACAUCGAAAAACUAUUCGAUGACGCCAGGAACAAGGCCCACAAUAUUAUCGGAGACUUUGGCAAGCAGUUCUCAGGCUUUAGAUCUGAGAUUGAGAAAUCAUCCACUCAAGGAAACGAAGCCACAUUGAAGGCACUUCAGGAAGCUCAACGCAGAGCCAACGAUUUGAAGAAUGAGAUCUCCAAGAAUGUCGCCACCUGGAAGAAGGAAGCCGGUGGAAUCGCUGCCGGUGUCAAUAACCAGGCCAUGAAUGCCCUAAGUGAUGCCGAGAAACGCGCAGCCGAACUCAGUGCCGCCACCGCCAACCAGAUGAUGGGCCUAAGGGGAGACGUUGACAGAGCCAUCGACCAGUCCAAGGACAAUGUUGCCCGAACCUACAACGAGGCCCAGCAACGCGCUGGACAAGCUGAAAGUAACACUGCCCAGAAAUUGAACACCUUGAAGACCGAUGCCGAAAGGGAAGCCGCCAAGGCCAACGAUGCCGCCCUUCGUUCCCUGGAAGAUGCCCAGAUGAGGGCCGCUCACCUUAAGAGCGAUACCGCCCAGAAACUGUCCGGUUUCAAGACCGAAGCUGAGAGAGUAGCCUCUAUGGCUGAGAAUCAGGCUGUUGGAGCCUUGAGCAAUGCCCAGAGACAGGCCGAAUCCAUCCGUGAGGGAGCACUUCAUGAGGCCGAUCAGACCAUCGCCCAGGCUCAGACCAAGGCUUCCGAGUUGAAGGUCGAAUCUGAGAAGACCGCCCAAUGCGUUGGCUACAUUCUCGACUCUAAGAUGGCUAAGGUCCAGGAGAAAGCUGAGGAGCUAAAGAGGGAAGCUGACAAGGCUAUGGAAGCCGCUGAGAAGACCAAGAUCGAGUACUCCGAGAAGAAGACUGUAACUACCUCUAAGACUCAGGGAGGAGUAACCACAACUUCUGGCCCACAAGUUGUCAAGGAUGAGAAAGUCCAGUACAGCUCGGACAACAAGAGCGGCAAGCGAUAAGCAGGGAAUCAAGAAUUCUCCAAAAGCUUCGCCAGCAGAGAAAAUCAGGCGCGUAUCUAAAAAGCUGUAAUAAAUGCUUAUCUACUCCCUAUAAAUGUGUUAUUCAACGGUAUAUUUUCACGGUUUUGCAAUCAUUCACAUCUUGGAAAUUACAUCUCUAUCCAUUCGUAAGAUGUAUAUUUCACCCCCUGUCAUCGCAAGCCCCUGUUGUACAGUAGAAAUUUUCUGGAAUCGGUUUAUUACACCCCCUAAUAAGCUGUAAAUCUUCUAGUUGGAUUCCGACGCACUCAUGUUGCUGUGUUGUUUGCUUAUGUACAAAAAUACUGUACAUUUAGAUUUUUGUAAAAU